AUGGCCUCUUCUCAGGCCUACCAGUCAGCUCUAGAUAUCAACCAUGAUAUUUCCAGUGAUGAUACUCAAAACUCAUCAUCACUAUCCAGUAGGCCAAAUAUACAACAAACACAACAAACACAACAAACACAACAAGACCAACAAGACCAACAAGACCAGCUAGACCAGCAAGACCAGCAAGACCAGCAAGACUCAGAAUCUUCACAAUAUGACCAUGAAAACCCUUACUAUCAUCACACGACCCACCCUCACCAUCAUCCUCAUCACCAUCACAGAAGACAUAGACGAUUACGGUUUAGACCAACUGCACUCCUUCGCUCUUUAUUUCAUCGACCCGCUUUCCUCAUUGCUAUUGUUGUCGUAUCUCUCACUUUACUUUCAAUCAUGUACUCUAUCCGCAACUAUAUUGUCGAACCUUCACAAGCAGUCCCAGAAUUCAUUCCACAAGCUGCUGUAGUCACUGUCCCAGGAACAAACAUCACACUUGCUGCAAGACCAGCGGCUUUUGGGCCUUUGUUCCCCGUUCGCCGUGAUGCUGAUGAUGAAAAGGAGCAACUGGCUAUUGCCGAAGAGCCGACCGAGAAACAGCAAAAUUAUAAGAGAAAUCCCUCUAAACGACGACGUGGAUGGAGUAAAAACUCUGUACUUGCAGAUCUUUUCGGAAUCACUUCUGAUGAUAUCGCAACACCAGAUUCUAUAGAAUCUGCUUCCCAACCUUCAGAUAACCCUCCCAUGGCCCAAAUCCCAAUAAUAGGUGAUGGUAGCAGUAGUAGUAGUAGCAGUAGAAGUAGUAGCGAUACAAGUGACCUCCAACGGCCUUCUGCGGGGCACAGGCUAUCAUCCCCUCCUGCUCCUCCACCACACCAUCGUUUGCCCAAACAUGGAACUCACCCCAAAACAAACCACUAUGUUUCUCCAUUUGACGACCCGGACUUGGAAAAUAGUGAUGACUAUGAUGGAGAAUCUCCUAUUGUUGGCGGCGCUGCUGGCAGUGCUGACGUCGACAACGACGACGAUGACGACAACGACGACGACGAAAGCAACGUCAUUAAUUAUUUCUUAUACAUGAAUGAGCAAUACAACCGAACUGGUGUACAGGCUGCCGAGCGUGGACUUACAGGUCGCUUAGCAGUUGUUGCUGGUAGUGGAUGUAGCCCUGUUGUGGGUUAUCAGGAUCUGUCUGGGCAGAUUGCACUGGUCAUGCGUGGUGACUGCUCCUUUUACCAAAAAGUACUUGUACUUCAAAGCUGGGGUGCGGCAGCAGUCAUUGUUGGUGACAAUGUGUAUCGGCGUGGGCUCAUCACCAUGUAUUCGACUUCGGAUCCAGACUUGGCUGAAAUCCCUGCUGUGUUUGUGUCGCGAUCGUCGUACGAUGUGUUGCUUGAUGUUGAAACUGACAUGGGGCCUAGAACAAUGGUUGAAAUAACUACGGUAGAUGCAUCCGGACCAAUCAUUGGUCCCGUGCUUUUUUUACUUGUGUCGCCGCUAUGUUCACUUACAAUUAUUUAUGGCCUUUUACUAUUUCAUCGGCGAUAUAAGCGAGUCAAGGAGCGCGCUCCCAAGUGGGUUGUGGAUAAUUUACCACGUCGUACUUGGAUUAAUCCAUAUGGUUCCGACAAUGGUGCUGCUAGUAGCAGUAAUAAUACCAAUCCAACUACUUCUUUGGCUCAUGCAAAUGAAGAUGAAGAUGCAGAUGAAGGCUCUCGCCUGAUAGACCAAACCCCAAUACCCCAAGUUGCCAGUAGUACCGAAUCUACAUCAACUACAAUAAUAGACACUGGAGACAGCACAUCUAAUAAUAAUAAUAAUAAUACCAAUAAUGAUAAUGAUAAUACCAACAACAACAACAACAACAACAACAACAACAACAACAACAACAACAACAACAACAACAACAACAACAACAACAACACCAACAACAACAUACAAACAUCAUCAACAUCAACAGCAAUUACAAGCAAUUCACAAUCUUUAGCUCCUGAGUGCAGUCCACCUAAAAAGAUUUGGGUAAGUUCAGGAGAAUGUAUAAUUUGUCUUGAAGAUUACGUGAGUGGAGAGAGUAUUGUACUGCGGUUGCCGUGCGGGCACGAGUUUCACGAGCAGUGCAUUCGGCGGUGGCUUUUAGGCCGCAAACGGACGUGUCCGAUAUGCAAAAUGGAUGUGACAGUUGUCGUGAAUGAAGAACAGCGUAAGGCUCGCGGGCGAUUUGCGUGGGCUUUAGCUCGCAUGUGGAACUCAGUAUGUGAGAGUUUAACUGCAGCAGUCAUGGUGUUUAGAAGAAGUGGCAGUGGUAGUACCGAUGGUGAUGGUGAUGGUGAUGUUGAUGGUGAUGGUGAUACUGACAUUGAUAGUAGUGUCAGUGGCGGUGGCGGUGGCGGUGGCGGUGGCAACGACGGGUUUCGCAGUACGAGUAACGGAGGUGAAGUUGAUUUACAUGUGGAUGGCUUGGAUAAUGAUGACGGCAGUAGUACUUCUACGAGCAGUGAUAGUGAUGUUUAA